GCUGAUUGCUUUGCGACUGCCUUUCCCUUCAGCAAUGGAGCUGUGAUAGGUUAAGGAGCUGCUGCCAGCUUUUCCCAGAAUUCCAGUUAAUUUGAAGCUGGUAACCAAGUGAAAGGAUGUGCAAGAUAACAACAGCUUUGUUGGCUUUGCUAAGUCUGAGCUUGACCUUAGAAUUAGGCAGCUGCCAUGUACGACGGAGUGCCAUGGGGAGUAUUUUUAGAAAAAUAAAGUAUGCUUCGCCAUCACAAGGAGACCCUGGACAACCGCUGUUUCUAACACCUUACAUUGAAAGUGGUAAAACUGAAGAAGGAAGGCAACUAAGCCUGGUGGGGCUUCUCCCAGGACCCAGUGUGAAGAGCUAUUCAGGCUAUCUGACGGUCAAUAAGACUCACAAUAGCAACCUUUUCUUCUGGUUCUUCCCUGCUCAGGUUCAGCCAGAAAAGGCCCCUGUCUUACUUUGGCUCCAAGGUGGACCUGGAGGAACAUCUAUGUUUGGCCUUUUUGUUGAACAUGGGCCAUAUGUUGUUCAAAAGAACCUCACUUUGACGGAACGAAUGUUUCCUUGGACCUCCAAGUUCUCUAUGCUGUACAUUGAUAAUCCAGUUGGCACUGGCUUUAGUUUUACAGAUGAUGAGAAAGGAUAUGCAAAGAAUGAAGAAGAUGUAGGAAGAGAUUUGUAUAGUGCGAUUGUUCAGUUUUUCCAGCUUUUUCCUGAUUAUCAGAAAAAUGACUUCUAUGCAACAGGGGAAUCUUAUGCAGGAAAAUAUGUGCCGGCCAUUGGAUAUUAUAUUCAUAGCAAUAAUCCUACAGCAAAGAUAAAGGUCAACUUCAAGGGUGUUGCCAUUGGAGACGGUCUUUGUGACCCUGAAGUGAUGUUGGGAGGCUAUGCAGAAUUCUUAUAUCAAAUUGGCUUGGUGGAUGAGAAGCAGAGGGUACAUGUCCAGAAUCAGACUAAUCUGGGACAACAAUACAUCCAGCAGAAGAAAUGGAAAGAAGCCUUUGAAGUAUUUGAUACUCUGUUGAAUGGCGAUAAAACUGGAAGUCCUCCUUAUGUUCAGACUAUUACAGGAUGUAGCAACUAUUUCAACUUCUUGCAGUGCCAAGAGCCUGCAGAUCAGGAAUAUUUUGGAAAGCUAUUGUCAUUGCCAAACAUAAGGAAAUCUAUCCAUGUUGGAAACUUGACCUUCCACAAUGGCUCUAUAGUUGAAGAGCACUUGAUUGAAGAUAUAAUGAAGACAAUAAAACCUUGGUUGGCUAUUUUAAUGGAUCAUUACAGGGUUCUCUUAUACAAUGGACAACUUGAUAUCAUUGUGGCAGCUCCACUGACUGAACGAUUUCUGCCUACUGUGCCAUGGGCCAAGGUAAAAGAGUACAAAAACGCUGAGAGAAUUGUAUGGCGAAUACAUGAUAAAGACCCUGAAGUUGCUGGCUAUGUACGCCAAGUGGGUGAAUUCUAUCAGGUCAUUGUUCGAGGAGGUGGCCACAUCUUGCCUUAUGACCAACCUGAAAGGGCUUUGGAUAUGAUGGAUAGAUUUAUCACAGGAAAAGGAUGGAAACAAAGUGGAUAUGGAAAAUAAAACUUGAAAUUUUUUGGAAAGUCUACUAAAGAGAUUGCAUUGGCCAAUGGAGAUCAAAGGAAUGGUGAUUAGAAGUAUUAUGAGGGCUUUUUUUUCCCCCUUGGGAAAAUCUGUUUUGAUCUGUAAAUGAGCCAUUCAUCCAACUUGAUUUCUUGUUCUCAAAAUAAAUGUCACAUCUCUCUCUC